AUGGCUUCGCCUCCUGACACCAAACCUGAGGUUGUUGAUGAGAAGGCUAUGUCGGUGAUGGAACAGGACGAUGAUCUCCCCAUUUCCAAUGUCGAGGAGCAGCCUCUGGUCAGAAAAAUUGACCUUCACCUGAUGCCUAUCCUCAUAGCCAUCUACAUACUGCAGUAUCUCGACAAGAGCAGUUUGAACACUGCCUCUCUCCUCGGUAUCAUCCAGGAUACGAAAUUGGUUGGUCAAGAGUUCCCCUGGCUUAAUAGUGCUUUUUACUUUGGAUACCUCGGCGCCACAUACCCAGUCUCCGUACUUCUCGUGAAGUUCCCGAUUGCCAAGGUCCUGGCAGCAUCCAUUUUGAUAUGGGCGCUGGUUCUCGGAUGUCAUGCUGCUGGCGAGAACUUCGCAGCCCUCUGCUCCUUACGUGUGCUCCUUGGUGCGUUCGAGGCCACCAUCAGCCCCGGCUUCACACUCAUCACAGGACUCUGGUACAAACCGUCAGAGCACGCCAGACGCCACAGCCUUUGGUUCGUCGGUAACGCCGUGGGGUCUCUUAUCGGUAGUCUCAUUGCUUACGGCUGCACCUUCAUCACUGGCGGGCCCCUCGCACCAUGGAGAUGGUUAUUUAUCGUUCUCGGCAUAAUAACAGCUGGCUGGGCUGUGGUCCUAUACAUCUGGCUUCCAGACACGCCAGCGACAGCCAGAUUUCUCAACCCAGCUCAGAGAGUCUGGGCGACGCAGAGGCCUCAGGUGGCUCAGAGGAGUUUCAAGACGAACAAAUGGUCAAAUGGACAGCUAUUCGAGGCGAUGCUGGACCCCAAGACGUGGUUUCAGUUCUUUGUCAUUACUACGGUGUCCCUAAGUAAUGGAGUCAUUGCCAAUUUCAGCUCUCUAAUCAUCCGAGGCUUGAACUUUGACUCCCGACAGUCGCUCCUCCUCGGCAUGCCUCUGGCUGCCUAUAAUGUCAUCAUAGUUCUCCUUUCCGCCUCGCUGGCCGAGAGAUUCCGCAAGUCUCGUUGCCUUAUUGCCGCAGGUGCCUCGGCUCUUUCACUGGUGGGCACCAUUCUGGUCCGUCAGCUGCCAUCCACAAACAAUGCGGGUCGAUAUAUAGGGCUCAUCCUGUGCGCGUCAUGCGCCAACGUAUUCCCCAUGAUGCUGAGCCUCAUCUCGAGCAACGUGGCCGGCUUUACCAAGAAGUCAACAGUCAACGCUGUCUUCUUCCUUGGAUACUGUGCAGGCAACAUUGCUGGUCCACAGUUCUUCAUUCCAACCGAGGCACCCAAAUACGAGACGGCUUUUACUGCCUUGUUUGUGAUCUUCUGUAUCCUCAUUGGUCUUAUUCUUGCUUUCAGGCAGUAUCUGGCCUGGGAGAACUCGAGGCGCGACAAGGCUCAGGGAGUGCACAUUGAUGCUGAGUCACCAGAUCGAGAUGCCAUGUCUGGUGCGGUGAUGGAGGCAACUGACGAGACGGACUUUGAGAAUAAGAACUUCCGAUACUACCUCUAG